AUGGUGGAUUCACCGGUAAGUUCGGUAGAACAAGGCGCUAUUCCAUCGCCUCUCCAGCAAUAUCCAGAACAGCAGGACAACCAGCAGCCAAGCGAAACGAUCGGUACUACAGAUGAGGGGAGUAAGAUAGAACAAGAGGAAGUACGCGGUGGUUCGGUUCAAAAAAGUCAGGAAAAGGCCCUUUCAGAUGGAGAAUCGCCAAUAGACCGUUCUAAUGGUCAAGACAAUGACCCUCAAGGACCCUUGGAAACUGAAAAAAGCUCUGUUCUAAGAGUUGUGCAGGCUCCAGCCGAUGUGGAUGGACAGGCCGUGGAAGAAGAAGGAGAGGCAGAAGCAGAAGAAGAAGAAGAAGAAGAGGGCGAGACUCGGUGUAUCUGUGGAGAGAUCGACCCACCGGAUGAAUCAGGUCUUUACAUCCAAUGCGAACAGUGUAGCGUGUGGCAGCAUGGUUUCUGUGUAGGAAUAACAGAUGGCGAAGGAAGUGCUCCUGAGAAGUACUGGUGCGAAAAAUGUCGUUCUGAGCUGCACACGCUGUACACCAAUGACGCAGGACAAAGAAGGUCGAUUUACAAGCCCGUGCAACAGUCCAGACGACAAAAUAGACGUGUCAAAAAAGACGACGAAUCCUCAUCCUCUCGCAACAAUGGAUCUACAAACACGGGCAACGGUAGACGCACGAGUGCCGCAACUGAAAAGCAGGAUACGGAUAUCAAGAGUGAAACUCAAAAAGCUUUACCACUAGAAGAGCAGAAAUCCCGUAAGCGGCAACAGCGACGCAAAGAAAACGUCCCUCCAGAAAGGGUUAUUUAUGGCCGUAGAGAUUCUGACGAAGAUCGUCGUUCUCUUGAUAGACGUCGGGCCACAUCGUCUGCUCGUGAAGAGAAACAGUAUCAGCUGAUGCUGGAGAAGGCAUUGAAAGAAAGCAGGCGCACGUCACAAGCCGGCGAAGAACUCGAAACCAACCUAAUCCAAGACUCAAACGAUACCGAACAAUCCAGUGCUCAGCUUCCAACCAUCGAUGUCCCACUUGCAGAAGAACCUCCCAAAAAGCGGGCAAAGCCCAGCGUCAAUAAUAAUAAUAAUAAUAACUCUCCACCAACGACUUCUGUAACGUCUUCAGAGGAUGAUAGCAGGAGGAAAUCUAAACGUGGAGGUGCUCGCAAAGUUAGGGGCCGAAAUUCUUCUCGAACUCCAUCCAAUGAAAACAGCUCAAACACUUCUGAUAUCGGAAUAAGCAAACCCAUAAAGCCCAGACUGCCGACACAGCGAACGAGUUUAAACGAAAUGCGACGCCGCGUUGGUGCUAUUUUAGAGUUUAUUUCAAGAACACAGUUGGAGCUAUCAGAUGACCAGGUCGAGAAGCACAAGUUCACGGAAUUUGUUGAUAAUCAGGAGUUUAUCAAAAAAGUAGAUUUGAUCUACGUCAAUUUUGAUGACAGCUUAAAGACCAUGGAUGAAUUAACCAGGAAGUUACUCGUAUGGGAAAAAAAAUACGCUCUAGACCCGUGA